GCAGGCGACAAGCCUAUGUUCGCGGUAACCUACAAAGGGGUGGAGAAACAGUUUUUAGCUGAGGAAAUCUCGUCAAUGGUGCUCACUAAGAUGAAGGAUAUCGCCGAGGCAUAUCUUGGGUCAACUGUCACAGAUGCGGUUAUCACCGUGCCUGCUUAUUUCAAUGACUCUCAGCGCCAGGCCACCAAGGAUGCCGGAGAAAUUGCCGGCCUUAAUGUUAUGAGGAUCAUUAAUGAGCCUACUGCGGCAGCCAUCGCAUACGGUCUUGACAAAAGGUCUAAUAGCUCUGUGGCUAAGAAUGUUCUGAUUUUCGACCUUGGUGGUGGCACAGUUGAUGUAACUGUGGCUACGAUUGCAGGAGAUGUCAUUGAAGUGAAGGCGACCGCUGGUAAUACUUAUCUUGGAGGCCAGGAUAUGGACAACAGGAUGGUGAAUCACUUUGUAGGAGAGUUCAUAAUCAAGAAGGGGAAGGAUAUGAGGGUGAAUCCAAGAGCUAUAAGGAGAUUGAAGAAUGCUUGUGAAAGAGCCAAGAGAAUCCUUUCUUCCAGUUUGGAAACCCCAAUUGAGAUUGAAUUGUUGUUUGAUGGGAUUGAUUUGUUUACCAGCAUCACUCGUGCAAAAUUUAACGACCUCAAUAUGGAUCUGUUCAACAUGUGUAUGGAACUGGUUAAGAAAUGCUUGAGUGAUGCAAACGUGGACAAGAGCAACGUGGAUGAGGUGGUGCUGGUGGGAGGGUCGAGCAGGAUACCCAAGGUGCAGGAGAUGUUGAAGGAGUUUUUCAAUGGGAAGGAGGCGUGCAAGACCAUUAAUCCAGACGAAGCAGUGGCGUAUGGUGCUGCAGUGUUGGCUGCCAAGUUGAGUGGUGAAGGCAAUGAGAAGGUGCAGAAUGUGGUGCUUUCAGACGUGACUCCUCUGUCGCUUGGACGGGCUAUUGGGAUCGAUUUGGGUACGACGUAUUCGUGUGUGGGGGCGUGGCAGCAUGACCGCAUUGAGAUUAUAGCAAACGAUCAGGGCAACCGCACCACCCCUUCUUACGUAGCUUUCACAGCCGAGGAGCGUCUCAUCGGCGACGCCGCUAAGAAUCAAGUCACCAAUAAUCCCAUCAACACUGUUUUCGAUGCGAAGAGAUUGAUUGGUUGCAAAUUUAGUGAUGCAACGGUUCAGAGAGACAUUAUAUAUUAUCCGUUCAAGAUCAUUCCUGGCGCUGGCGGCAAGCCUAUGUUCGCGGUAACCUACAAAGGGGAGGAGAAGCAAUUUUCGGCCGAGGAAAUCUCGUCAAUGGUGCUCACAAAGAUGAAGGAUAUUGCCGAAGCGUAUCUUGGAUCAACGGUCACGGAUGCUGUCAUCACCGUGCCUGCUUAUUUCAACGACUCUCAGCGCCAGGCCACCAAGGAUGCCGGAGCCAUUGCUGGCCUUAAUGUUAUGAGGAUCAUUAAUGAGCCGACUGCUGCAGCCAUCGCAUACGGUCUUGACAAAAGGUGUACUAGCUCUAUGGCUAAGAAUGUGCUGAUUUUCGACCUUGGUGGUGGCACGUUUGAUGUGACAAUAGCCACUAUUGAUGGGGAUAGCAUUAAAGUAAAGGCCACCACCGGUGACACUCAUCUUGGAGGCCAGGACAUGGACAACAGGAUGGUGAAUCACUUUGUAAAAGAGUUUAAAAGCAAGAAUGGAAAGGAUAUUAGUGGCAAUCCAAGAGCUAUAAGGAGAUUGAAGAAUGCUUGUGAAAGAGCCAAGAGGAUACUUUCUUCAUGUUUGGAAACCCCAAUUGAGAUUGAUAUGCUAUUUGAGGGGAUUGAUUUGAGUUCGGGCAUCAGUCGUGCAAAAUUUAACAACCUCAACAUGGAUUUGUUCAACAAGUGUAUGGAACUAGUUGAUAAAUGCCUGAGUGACGCAAACGUGGAUAAGAGUAUUGUGGAUGAGGUGGUGCUGGUGGGCGGGUCGAGUAGAAUUCUGAAGGUGCAGGAGUUGUUGAAGGAGUAUUUCAAUGGGAAAGAGGCGUGCAAGACCAUUAAUCCAGACGAAGCCGUGGCGUAUGGUGCUGCAGUGUUGGCUGCCAAGUUGAGUGGUGAAGGCAAUGAGAAGGUGCAGAAUGUGGUUCUUUCAGAUGUUACUCCUUUGUCUCUUGGUAUUGCAGGCACUGCAGAUGUGAUGCACGUGAUUAUUCCGAGGAAUACACCUAUACCAACAAGGAUGGAGAAAACUUUCACCACAGAGAAAGACAAUCAGACCAGUGUAGUAAUUAAGGUGUAUGAGGGUGAAAGAAGCAAGGCAACAGACAACAAUCUGCUAGGAGUAUUCAAUCUCUGCAUUCCAGCGGCGCCCAGAGGUGUUCCUAAAAUCAAAGAGUGCAUCAACAUUGAUGCAAAUGGUAUCAUGAGUGUAUCUGCGGAGCUCAUUGGUACUUGGUUGAAGAACAAGAUAAUCAUCACCAACAACAAGGGCAGGCUCUCUAAGGAAGAAAUCAAGAGGAUGAUUGAGGAUGCGGAGAAGUACAAGAGGGAGGACAAGGAGUUUAGGAAGAAGGCUGGUAUGAGGAGUGCUUUGGAGAACUACGCCUACGACAUGAGGAACAACACCAGAAGUGCAACCGGGAUUGAAGCAGGCGACAAGAAGGAGAUAGAGAAGGCCUUCGAGUCUACUAUAAAGUGGUUGGAGUCAAACAAACUUGCCAAGGUUGAUGCUUUCAAAGAGAAGUUAGAGGAGCUUAAGCUGAUUUAUAAUCGCAUUGUUGCUAAGAUGCACCAAAGUACCGUGCACUCUGGUGGUCCCAGUAUUGAAGAAGUGGAUUAAGGGAAGAUUUGUUUGGCUGGUUUCCCUUUUGUUUUGGUUAA